AUGUACCAUCCCCUCAGUACUAGUUUGAUCUUGUUCUUCCUCUUCUCCUUAUUCUACCAGCUUCCUUGUGCUUCAAGUAACCAGCAAGGACUCGGGUGGUGUGAGACUCUGUUUCAGUGUGGGAAUAUCACUGCUGGAUUCCCCUUUUGGGGAGGGAAUCGGCACAAACCUUGCGGUCAUCCGUUGUUGGAGCUUCACUGCAACAAUAACAUCACUUCUUUAUUCAUCUCAGAUCAAGAGUUCUAUGCUCUACAAUUGACUCACUUGGAAAGCGUUUUAAGAAAAGGGUUUGAGAUGAAGCUGGUGAUCGAUGAGGUACCGUGUCAAGAAUGUUCAUCCACUCGUGGAAUCUGUGGUUUCAACAGUACCACACAAAUUUGCUGCAACGGAUCUUCACCGUCAGGAGGAGUUAAGUGCGUACCAUAUCAACCCAGUGCUGAUGAGAUGUAUAAACGCUGCAGUGGAAGUUUUAAUUGUUCUAACCGACAAGAACUUUAUUACCCCUUUUGGAUACCAGGCAGGGAAAACUGUGGCCACCCGGACUUCAAGCUCGACUGUAGCAGAGGAUUCGCGGAGUUUAACAUCGCCUCUAUAAAGUUGAGAAUUUUAUCUCGUGAAUAUUAUUCUACUAUAAGAAUUGCUAAAUCAGACUAUAUCGGCGAUCUUUGUCCCUCAAACCCAAUAAAUGUCCCAAUUAUCAAUAUCAUCCUUCCAUUCUUUCAACUCGCUGCUGCUGAGACAGAGCUGUUAACAUUAUACUACAACUGCCAGUUCCAUUCGUCGGCUCUUUCUUCUACUAUUUACGGUGGAGAGUUGGGUUGUGAUGGGGGAAGAAGUUACUAUGUGACGAGAAACCUCUCUUCUACUUUACUUUAUGGGUUUAGAGGCCUUUUUAACAACUUCAAGGUAAUGUUAAUGUGUAAAAGAAACGUCAGUAUUCCAGUGUCUGGGUCGGCAUUGGAGACAUUGCAAAGACGUCCCACUCUAGAUAAUCUAAGGAUGGCUCUUGAACAAGGUGUUGAGCUUAAUGUCAACUUAGAUUGUUUGAUGUGCAUCCAAUCUUCUGGUGCUUGUGGAUAUAAUCAGACCUCAAGUAGCUUCGUCUGUUAUUGUUUAUUAACAGGUGUUGUUACUAUUUUCCUGGUGCUACUAUGCCCUUUCUUCAGAGUCCAAAUUUUCCGAAAGAGAAAAACAUCAUAUGAUCUGAGACUACAGAAAAUGAAGGCUCUUAUUCCACUCAAACACUAUACUUAUGCCGAAGUGAAGAAAAUAACAAAGUCGUUCGCUGAAGAGGUUGGGAGAGGAGGCUUUGGAAUUGUUUAUAGCGGAACCCUUUCUGAUGGUCGUAUGGUUGCGGUGAAAGUUCUGAAAGAAUCAAAGGGUUCAAAAAGAGCAGUUAUGUAUGAAUUUUUGGGGAAUGGGUCACUCGAUAAGUUCAUCUCAGACAAGAACUCAACAAAUUUGGACUUAUCGGCACUAUAUGGGAUCGCGCUAGGAGUUGCGCGUGGUCUAGAGUACUUGCACUACGCAUGCAAAACAAGGAUAGUGCAUAUCGACAUUAAACCUCAGAACGUGCUUUUGGAUGACAACCUUUGCCCCAAAGUUUCUGAUUUCGGACUUGCUAAACUCUGCGAGAAGAAGGAGAGCAUCUUAUCAUUUUUAGAAACAAGAGGUACAGUUGGAUACAUUGCACCAGAGAUGAUCUCUCGACUUUAUGGGAGUGUUUCUCACAAGUCCGAUGUGUAUAGCUACAGGAUGCUGGUCCUUGAAAUGAUAGGUGCAAGGAAGAAAGAAAGAUUUGAUCAAAACUCUGCAUCCGAGACAAGCUCAAUGUAUUUUCCAGAAUGGAUCUAUAAGGAUCUUGAGAAGGCAGACACUGGAGGGCUUAUCGAGAAUGGAAUCAAAAGCGAAGAAGAGGAGAUAGCAAAAAAAAUGACAAUAGUGGGUUUGUGGUGUAUUCAGUCUUCCCCAUCAAACUGCCCACCAAUGAACAGAGUAGUAGAGAUGAUGGAAGGCAGCCUUGAACCACUUGAAGUGCCUCCGAGGCCUGUCUUGCAGCGAAUUCCAGCCGCGCUGCUUUCUGAAUCUUUUAGAAUUUCAGAGGAGAAUUCAAGCUCCUCCGAGAUACUGUUAUGCUCAACAAAUUCCGAGCCGGAAUCUUCAAGUUUGUGA